UUUCUUUUUUUUCUUUGCAGAGUAAGGAAGUGGGGCUGCAGCUCCAGGAGGACCUGAUGAARGUUUUGAAUGAACUCUACACGGUGAUGAAAACCUACCACAUGUACAACGCUGACAGCAUCAGUGCCCAGAGCAAGCUGAAGGAGGCUGAGAAGCAGGAGGAGAAGCAGAUUGGGAAAUCGGUGAAGCAGGAGGACAAACAGACCCCGCGCUCGCCCGACUCCACCUCCAACGUCAAAUUCGAGGAGAAGCACGUGCGGAGGAGCUCGGUCAAGAAAAUCGAGAAGAUGAAGGAGAAGCGCCAGGCAAAGUACACAGAAAACAGGCUGAAGGCAAUUAAAGCAAGAAAUGAAUAUUUGCUGGCCCUGGAAGCCACCAACGCCUCGGUGUUCAAAUAUUACAUCCACGACCUGUCCGACCUCAUUGAUGUAAGUGCUGCUGCCUGGAGCUCCCCACAUCCCUUAAAAAUACCCAGCACAGCUGGAAUUCU